AUGGCAGCUGUUGCUGCAGACACUACAGCUCACAAGCGACCAAGAUCCCCGAGCGCUGUCGAUCAGCCGUUGCCGCCUGCGAAAGUGCAGCGGACUCACGUCAAUCAGCUGCAAAUCAACUAUUUGGCCAGACAACACAAAGAAACUAUUCCUCUGGUUACACCCAACGAGAAGCUCACUGACAUCGCCACCCUCCUCGGCAAGUACGACGGCGUACUGCAACGCCAUGAGUCCAUUGCGGGUAACCUGGGUGCCUGUCCACUGGGACCAAUAUUACUCAAACGCUUUGAUCGCCUCUUCGAUGGCCCUCCGCGCAUACUGAAGACACAUGGCAGAGAGGGCAACGUUACUUGGUUGGAUGUGGUUGAGUUCGCUCAAAAUAAGCCGGAACAAUUUAAUCUGGAAAAGAUGAGGAACGGCAUUCGGGUCUGCCAAUUUUAUACCAAACAAUGUCGUGUUGAGAUCUCGGAAGAAGACUUUGUCCUCAUCGCCAGCGGUAUGCCACAGAAGCUCAUACCGCCUCAACCGAUCCUAGAAGAUGAGGAGAAGGAACUCGGUGUUAUGGAUCUGCUCGACCGAAACCUCGGACAAGUCAUUCAGCUUGCUGAUCAAGUUUCUGGUAGAGCGCGACAACUCAUACACAAGAUGAAAGGUCGUCGCACGGCUAUUCUCGCCCGCAGGGAGACCGAGAGCGCUGCUCAGCAACCUCAACUCCGCUCAACUGGCUCUCCAUCAUUGUAUACGAAGGCAAAUGGCUCGGCAGCACGCCCAUUUCAUAGUGUUGAGACGACUUCGCCACCAACCGGCUUCACGGCUGUCAACAACAGGCAGAUAUCCAUUCCUGAAAAUCCGAAACCCUUAACUGAUGAUCCGUUCCCGGGCGCAAGUGCUGGCAACGUCACAUACAUCAACGGGAGAUCAAUCAAAGGAGCCUCACCAACGGAAAGGGCUGAGAUGAUGAAGAAGUUUAUGUCCUCUGCCGACCAAGAACCCCUGAGCCAUGACACUAUGCGUCGAUCAUCAAUGGGCAGCUCUUCACGAGCUCAAAUGCAGGUGCAAUCUGAGACAAGGCCACGAUCUGGUUCAACCGAUUAUCGAGAUAGGAGUUCGCUGGUAGCUAUCCCAGGCACGCCAUCUCAAUUAAUGCCUCAAAUCAAAAGCCCGUUCCUGGAGAGAGACGAUGGUGGGCCAUUCAAAUCCGAGAUGGUGAGCAGGAUGGAAUCGAUGCACCGUGGUGAACGAGUGAUUCCACCAUGUGACCGGUGUCGGAGACUUCACAUGGACUGUCUCAAGAACCUAACAGCUUGCAUGGGCUGCACGAAAAAGCAUGCGAAAUGUUCGUGGAAAGACGUCCGACCCGAUGAGCUACACGAGCACGGUCAAGCGAUGGACGUUGAACAUGAUCAUCACAUCCACCAUGACUCUCAUGCUGAGCACUCGUCCCCACCCGCUUCGAUCGCUGAGAUCUCGCGGCAAGUGGAAGAGAAUGCCCGACCCACUCAAGAGAUCCUAGCUCAAGGUCAUCCGGAGUCUUAUGCACAAAAUGCGAUGGCCUACCAGUCUUCACGGAUCGCUCACAACCCGGAGGAGGACACUGCUGAUACAGUAAUGGGCAAUGCAGAGCAGAUGACGAGAGAGCCGACAUCACCCAAACCCGAACCUCCUCUUGCAACAGAGGCUCUGAGACCUUCGUCUCCUUCUCAUCAGCAGCAGCCACAGCCAGAUCAGAUCAUGCAGCCAGUACCCGCUGCAGAUGCAGCAGUUCCCCCGCCGCCGCCACCGGCUCCGCCGGCGGCACUGCCACAGUAUCCAGUGAAAACGCAACAAUCUCCACCACCACCUCCACCCCCUCAAUCGAAGUUCGAUCUGAAGCCACCAGCAUUGGUGCAGGGCAUGCAUGAAGCAGCGCGACAACACACAUCACCUCCUCCUCCACGCUAUCAAACAUACUCUACUUACCCACCCCAUCGAGAGCAAGCGCCCUCGCGGCAGCUUGAUCCCGACGAGGACGACGAAGGCGACAGGCUGCAGCAGCUAGCUCGUCAGGUCUAUAGAAGUGCCUCACAGAGUGCAAAGCCACAAGAGACAUGA